AUGGAUAUGUCUGCGGAUAGGUGCCGAGGGUGGGCGGCGUGCAGCGGCGGCGCGGACCCGAGCGACCCCACGACGUGGUACGCGUGGGCGCACCGCGGGCACCGGCUGUGGGCGGCCAUGGCGGACGCGUUCUGGGUGUACGUGUACAAGGUGCAGCGGUGCCCGCAGGCGGGCAACCACGACUGGACGGCGUGCCCGUACGCCCACAAGGGGGAGCGCGCCCGCCGCCGCGACCCGCGCAGCUUCUCCUACCUCGCCGUCAGCUGCCCGGCGUUCCGCGAGUCGCAGCAGCAGCAGAACCUGGCGCGGACGGGGGCGGCGCCGUCCUGCGUGCGCGGCCUCCGCUGCCGGUACGCGCACGGCGUCUUCGAGCUCUGGCUGCACCCGGCGCGGUUCCGCACCGUCAUGUGCGAGGCCGGCCUGCGCUGCCCGCGCCGGGUCUGCUUCUUCGCGCACUUCCCCGCCGAGCUCAGGGGUGAGAACGACCCCGUGCCGCUCCACGGCCUCCCGCCGUCCCCUGCCGCGCCCCUCUCCUUCGCGCGCCGGAUCGACCUCGCCAUGCAGGCCAUGCCCGGCAAGGUCCGCCUCUACGGCGGCGCCGCUGCAGCUGGCGAAUCGUCGUCGUCAGCAGCCGCAGCGGCGGCGCCUGCAGUGCCGCCGCCGGCGGCCUCGCCGGACGACGACAACGCAGUCAAGGAUCUCGCCGUCCAGGACAGCCGCCGCGCGUCGGAGGACGGCGGCUACCCGCAUUUCGAUCUCAUCAAGGACAUGGUGCUCUGAUGAGAUAGAAAAGCCAGGUAAGAAAAACGCCGUGGUAACUGCCUGCCGCACGAGAGCCGCGGCGGUGCAUGCGUGCCAUCGAUCUAGCUACGUUUUAGCGUUCCUGUCUCAUGUUACUUUCCAUGUCGUCUUCAGGGCCGUGCAUGGCAUCCAUGCGUGCGUCGGGGUGGCCAGGUGGAGGUGCUCUGGAAACAUGGGCAUGUCAGCAGCAGCAGCAGCGCCGCCGCAGCCUCAGGAACUGUGCCCGCCCGAUAUACAUGGGCGUGUAUCUAUGCAAUGUACUUGAUAGAUGGAUUUUUUGUAAAUCAACCUCCUACUCUGUAGUAAUUGUUUGGGCCUGGAAGUCCUGAAUGAAUUGUUUGUACAUCAUCCAAUAUUAUCUUAUUCAGCACAAACUCAGAUUGUUCUUAAUUCUUCAGUUACCUUUUUUUUCAUAAGCAUACAUUUGCCGUGGGUUAUACUCCAUGCUACA